UUUCACCUCGUCCCUUUCCUCCUCUCUCUGUCUCUUUUCCUCCCCCCUCUCUCUAAAUCAUUGAAUUGAUUCGAAGAUGAGUGCCUUGCUGGAGUCAACUAAUUUCCCUCGGCGAAGUGGCUACUCUCGACUUGAAAACCCAAAUAACGAGCGCGUGGCCAAACGAAGUGACUCGUAUCAAACUCCAUUGUCUAUCCUUCUAGCCUUGAAUAUGAUACUUUUAAUCGGUAACGGGAUUCUGUUGAGUAGACAUGGAAAUGUAGUUGCUGUUAAGGACUUCUUUCCAAGAAUACCAAUCACAGAUGUGACUUUCCAGAAGGACGAUUCAUUCGAACAAUCACUCCCUAGACCAUAUCGCGGUGAAAUAGAUAGAGAUGAUAGUCCAUGGUCAAAGAUAAUGCCGAUUGGAGGAGGAUAUGUGGUCGUACCAGACCCUGCGAUGUGGAAUCUAAGCGGCGGGAUCCCAUUUCCAAAUAGUCCAGAAGCUGGAGCAGAAAGUUACUGUGUAUCAAUGUUUCAUCAGCUACAUUGCAUUUCUGCUUUAAAAAUUGCCCUUGCUAAAGCAACUGGCCACAUGACAGGCCAGCGUGACCUUCCGAGUGAAGACGAGUACGACCAUCUACUACACUGUAAUGAUUAUUUGCGACAAUCUAUCAUAUGUGCCGGCGAUACCACCUUGGAAAAAGCUAAAGUUCAUAGUGAAAAGAGGCUUGGAGUUGACGGCAUGGGCGUCUCUCACAGAUGUCGUGACUGGAAUACAAUCUUCAAAUUUGUUGAAGACAACUCUCCACAAAGAUUUGACCCCAAGAAAAUACAAUAACAGGGUGGUCUUUUGAUAAAUUGCUUGUAAUUGACAUGAGACAAAUCUUAUAGAGUAUUGGGAUUGCUCUAUAAUAAUGCCUCUGGCAGACGAUGUAAUUAUCUCCCUUAAUUUCAUUCUCUUUAUACCUUUCAUACGCUUCCUCUUAAUAUAAAU